GAAACAGAGAGUUACUGUAGAUGGAACUGUUACCAAUUUUGUUAAUAUCAACAGAGGAGUACCUCAAGGUACAGUUCUUGGCCCCUUCUUAUUUUCGUUAAUGGUCAACGACAUUGAAGCCAAACAUCCACAAACGAACAAUUUGGUCACAUUUGCAGAUGAUUUAACAGUGAGUGUUCCUGUCACAUCGUCUGGUGACUCGGCUUUGGACGAG